CUCCAGCUCACCAAUCCUCCAGGUGACUUCCAGCCAUGAAGACUCUUGUCCUCCUCUCUGCCCUUGUCCUGCUGGCCUUGCAGGUCCAGGCUGAUCCCAUUCAAGAGGCAGAAGAAGAGACUAAAACUGAGGAGCAGCCAGCAGAUGAGGACCAGGAUGUGUCUGUCUCCUUUGAAGGCCCAGAAGCCUCUGCUCUUCAAGAUUUACAGAUAGGAUGGCCUUUAAAGCAGUGCCAUUGCAGAAAGUUCUGCAAACCUUAUGAAAAGGCCGAGGGGUCCUGUCGUCCAGGUCUAUUUAUACAACGCAAAAUCUGCUGCAUACAAGGAUGGACACCAGGGAGGACAUAACCACGUGAACUGGGACCUCACAAUCUGUCAUUCUUGGGCUUCGACUCGACUGCUUUUCCUUCUCCAAUAAACUCCUUGCA